UGCUCCCCUGCAUCGACACCAUACCCAAGCUUCCCUUGCACAUUACCCCGCCCUUCGUACACCGCCAGGUUUUUAUCGUCUUUGCAGUGCUCCUCUAUCCUUCCGUGCGCAGGAGUUCGUUCAGCGUAGUAUCGUUGAUGCCGAGCCAAAAUCUCGUUAAGAUUUAAGUGAGCGCCGAAGUUUUCGCUGUGGACUGGAGGUUGCCUGUUUCAGAUUCCUUUCCGAGGUAGUCAAAUUGCGGUUUAGAAGAAAGGAUUCGAGGUCGAUUGCUUAGCUCUGAGUGGACUCACAUCGGGGGUGGUUGUCUUGGUGAUUAGCACGGAGGAGUAGCUCGAAUACAUUGUGCAGCCAGAGAGGCCUUGCGCGUUCGCUCUUGUCUGUCCUACACUCCUUCUAUGUGUGUUGUUUGCCUGGUCGUUUGUGAACUGCAUCCGUCGAUAUUUCUGUAACGCAUGGUGACUUUGGUUUUUCUUCGAAUCGCAACUCAUAGCUCACCCCUAGCAAGCUCAAGUGACUAACUCUAUUUGAGUGGGUAUCUUCUUUCGAAGAAGUGGAUGUGGUGAUCAGUGCUUAUCGCCGGAGCACAUGACAUAAAUAUAACGGAGUCAGUGUACUUUCAAUCAAUACAUAUGUUUGCGGUUGCCGAGAGCUCACACGUCUUCGCCACGAGUCUUAGCGAAUGUCUUGCGAACUGCGACGGAGACCUCCCGGAGUUCCCAAGUACAGACUAAGUGUUGGUCAGGGGUCUGAAGGAUAGCCAUUGCGGGGAAGCAGGUGGAAGGUCGGGUGGCUGGUAAGCAGGUGCGGGAGAAGUAGAGUUCGCUUUAUGACUGCAGAUUUGAGCGAGGUUGAGUCAGAGUCCAGGCCUCUCCGGCCGUUCUCGGGUGGGGGAACGGCCUGGGUUGAGUCCAAUGUGGGAAUCCCGGAGGGCCCAGAAUGGAGGAUUAAGGAUGGGUUUAAGACUCAAAAGGAAGUAGAUAGAGGUAGAGAACAGGUAGGUGUGAAUCGUGUAGUCGUCAGGGAGAAGAACGGCGCGAGGUUGGAGAACGGGCGCAGGAUUACAGACCGUUCAGGAACUGCUGUUCUGAAGGCCAGGGAAGGUCCUAAGGACAUUGCGGAGCAGAGAAUGAGGAAGUUAGAUCACCAGUUUCCGGCGAAUGACUUACUGGGAACAUCAGAGUCGGAUGAAGAUGGGCGCCGGGAGGACAGUGCGGAGGACCAUUAUGAAGAAGGAGAUGCUGUGGCUGCUGUAGCAUGUGAAAAGCAGAGAUUGCUGGGGAUAGCUCAAACGAGAGAGCAGCAGCAUGGGACCGAUGUGGCUGCUGGAAUUCAGGGUGGUGACAGUUGGGAAAGCUUUUUGCUGAAACGGAAGUUGAGGGUUCUACUAGUGGAAGAUGACGACGCAACACGGCACGUUGUCGGAGCUCUCCUACGGAACUGCAACUAUGAAGUCACCUCGGUUGCGAAUGGGUCCUUAGCAUGGGGGCUGUUGGAAGAAGCGAAUAGCAACUUCGACUUGGUUUUGACAGAUGUGGUGAUGCCAUGUCUGUCCGGAGUCGGAAUUCUAUCGAAGAUGUUGAAACGGGAGGCUUGCAAGAGAGUGCCUAUAGUCAUCAUGUCGUCAUAUGACAGCCUGAACAUCGUGUUCCGCUGCCUUUCGAAAGGAGCUUGUGACUAUCUCGUGAAACCUGUCAGGAAAAACGAGUUGAAGAAUCUUUGGCAACACGUGUGGAGGAAGUGCCACAGUGGAAGUUCGAUUGGGAGCAGAAGUGGAAGUGGCAAUCAGACUGGGGAAGUAGCUAGGCCUCAGAGCCGUGGAGUAGAGGCCGCUGACAAUCCAAUUGGAAGCAAUGAUGGGAACGGCAGCAGCGACGGGAGUGAUAAUGGGAGCAGCCGGCUCAAUGCUCAGGGUGGGAGCGAUAAUGGUAGUGGCAAUCAGGCUUGUGUGCAACCUGUACAGGUUCCAAGAAACAAUGCAGUUCCGGAAGCAGCGGACGGGGAUGAAGAGGGACAAGCCACAUCGCAAGAUAAGGGUGCUGAAUUGGAUGAAGAGAUGGGGCAUGAUUUGGAGAUGGCAACUCGUCCGUCUGCAUGUAAUACUACUGGGAAAGAUCAGCAGCCUGAGGUUGCCAGGCAGCUAGAUGAGGAUGCUGCGUGUGUUUUUCAAGAUGCUGGGCAGUCACCUGAUGGAAUUAAUGGCGAGAGUCCAUCAUCCAGUCUUCGGAAUGAUGCUGCCGAGGAGUCUUCUCCAAAGGCCAUUGACUUGAUAAAUGUCGUAGCAUGUCAGCCACAGACACAGGAUGCAGAGCAACCUCAAGAAAGUGAGAAUGAUUUCGACGAACUAGAUCCACAGGGGAGUAGUCCAAAAGUCAACUCCGGUUCAGAUUCCGGUCCUAUGCUGGAGUUAAGCUUGAAACGGCCACGAUCGGCGGUGGAUAAUGACGGAGAAUUAGAAGAGCGUCAACCACUGCGGUAUUCAGGAGGGUCGGCGUUUUCUAGAUAUGACAGCGGAGGAACUAUCAUACAACAGCACUAUCAGGGCGGGAGUUCUCUCCCUCUGAAUGGUUAUCCGAUGUGUGGUGCAUAUGGAGUAUAUGGCAUGCCUGGUGGUGGCUCUGGAGGAUCUCUCCGGCUGGGAAUGGGAAUGGAUCGAAUCGGGUCAUCGAAAGAAAGCGUCAAGGGGUUGACAUCCCCACUCUCGCAUCCUCAAAAUGUGGAGAAAGCGGGUGGGCAGGAUGGGUGCAGCAGUGCAACGCAGACUACGGAGGAUGCACUGAUCGUACCCGGCAUGCCCAUGGCCAUUCCAAUCCCACCUCCCGGGAUGCUUGCUUAUGAUGGCGUUGGAGGAUCAUACGGUCCAGCCAUGCACCCGAUGUAUUAUGCUCACCCGAGCGCACGGAUAGCAGCUCCGCCUCCUCACAUGGGAGAGCGUGGAGAAGUGUACAAUCAAUCUCCUGCAUUUAAAGAACAGGAUUCUGGUUCGGGACAUCAUUCCCAAGCGGGACAGAGCCACCAGCACAUGCACCAUCACCAAGGCAACCACCACCACCACCAUCAUCACUACCACCAUGGGAACGGCGCCCAGCAUUCUGGCAAUGCAGGAGUGCAAGAUGAACAACAGCAGUCAGUGGUCACUCUUGGGUCGGGGGCUCCUCGCUGUGGGUCUACUGGUAUGGAUGGUCAAAGUGGUAGCAGCAACGGGUACGGGAGCACGGGGAAUGGGAACGGGUCCAUGAACGGAAGUGCGUCGGGAAGUAACACUGGCGUGAACAACGGCCAGAGUGGACUUGGUGCGAUGCUGAUGGCCAACGACAACAGUGGGAGUAACGGCGCCGGUGGGACGGAUCCUUCCGUGGAUGGAGUGAGCGGGGGCAAUGGACUGUGCACAGACCAAAUGCGUUUCGCCAGACGAGAGGCUGCCUUAAACAAAUUCAGGCAGAAGAGAAAGGAACGAUGCUUUGAGAAAAAGGUACGAUAUCAAAGCAGGAAAAGGCUUGCAGAACAAAGACCAAGAGUUCGCGGUCAGUUUGUGCGUCAAGCGGUAUAUGACCCGUCAGCUGAUCGGAGCUGUUCAAUUUCGAAAGUUUUCAAGGAGAGACAACGCCGAAAGCGUCAGCUCGUCUGUUUGCCUCCAAGAGGAAAUUUCUUAUUGCUAAUCUUGUUCUACUAUGAAGAUACGAAAUUCCUCUAUGCUGAGCUUAAAUACAAAUUUCCCAGGGUUAAUCGGGGGACCGAAUUCAGUUUUACAAAAAACUAUGUAACUUCUUAGUUGUGACUGAGGGGCCUCCUGCAACUUCAGUUGGAAACCGACCCGGAAACCAGCUUAAGCUCUGUAAAGCAACGUUUUCUCCUUCCACAUGAACACGGUGAUGGUAGGCUUCCUCCUCGCCUUGUUGAAUCAUAUAUUGCAACUUACAAUUUUACCAAUUAUCCACCAUGGGAGCGGCCGUUUUAGCGAAGUAAUGCAAAUCAUAAGGAGCUGAAGCCCAAUGCUUUGCCAGCAUUUUAAGACCUUUGCAAAAUUGCGUACAAUGGGCUGGGAUUGAAUAGCUGAUGUUCUAGACUAGACCUGAAUACAUUUAGUCUUUUAGGACGUUUUAUCAGAUCUAAAUUACAGAGUAGAUGUAACCGAGUCUUUUACACUUAAGAUGUCUCGUGUACAAGCAGUAAUUCUGAAUAAAUGUCUUGAAGUUUGUAGUA